AUGAUCACCAGUGCGCUGGCGCAAGGCCGCGCCUCGCUCGCUCUGGGCAAUAUUGUCGCAUUUGGAGCCUAUCUACUCUCGAUAGUCUGGGCAAUUAGCCGAGGAACGCUGGUUCCUCCGGAGGCGUCAGACAGCGAUAGCUCCAGCGACUCAGAAGACUCGGACUCUUCUGAUUCUUCGUCCACUACUUGGCGAGAGAUAAACGCCGGAGAGAAACAGCCUGUGCUCCGUCCCUCGGAACGAUUUUUGCGCCGCCGCCGCCUCGGGUUGACGUACCACAUCGCCUACCUCUUUGCCGGCUUCCUCGCCAUCUGCCUGUCAGGUUACAUCCUCUCCAUGCAGCAACCCAAAUCGCCGAUGUCCUCGUCGCCUCCGAAAUCCUCUUCGGAUUUCUCUCCAUCGGCACAAUAUUGCCAGAAAAGUUCAUCGCCGUGCUCAGCCGCCGUGGCGGGCACGGCGGCAUCCUCGUCGCCAACACGGUUGGCAGCAACGUCUUUUUGCGCGCGGUCCGCUUGGGUAUCGUCCUGGUGA